UAUAACACACUUACAUUUCUCCGACUCCAUAUAUACACUCAAAACCUCUUGGAUUCUUCACAUUUCACAACCACCACCACUUAGAAAAAUACACUUAUUUCAACAACGCAUUGUGUUAUACCAUACAUAAAAAUCAGUUCCUCAGUUUUUUUUUGGGUUGUGAGAUCGAUGGAGAGUUACUUGAGGAAAUGGUGUUUGGUUUCUGUGUUGGUUUUGGUUUUGGGUUUAGGGUUUAAGAUAAAAGCAGAGCCUCAAGUUCCAUGUUACUUCAUUUUUGGUGAUUCUUUGGUUGAUAAUGGAAACAACAAUCGACUUGUUUCUAUUGCAAGAGCCGAUUAUUACCCUUAUGGCAUUGAUUUGGGCCGCCCAACCGGCCGCUUUUCCAACGGCAAAACCACCGUCGACGAGAUCGCUGAGUUACUUGGGUUUGAUAAUUACAUUCCUGCGUAUACUGAUGUGAGUGGCGAGCAGAUACUUCAAGGAGUCAACUACGCAUCUGCAGCUGCUGGAAUCAGAGAAGAAACCGGUCAACAAUUGGGACAAAGGGUAACAUUUAGUGGACAAGUCCAGAAUUAUAAGACCACAGUGUCUCAAGUGGUGGAACUUCUUGGAGAUGAGAAUACCGCAGCUGAUUACCUUAAGAGAUGCAUCUACUCUGUUGGUUUGGGAAGCAAUGACUAUCUUAAUAACUACUUCAUGCCUCAGUUCUACUCCACUAGCAGACAGUACACUCCAGAACAGUACGCUGAUGAUCUUAUCAAUCGUUACAGCGACCAGCUCAAUGCACUAUACAACUAUGGAGCUAGAAAGUUUGCAUUGGUAGGAGUGGGAGCCAUCGGGUGUAGCCCAAACGCGCUAGCACAGGGAAGCCUCGAUGGAACAACUUGCGUGGAGCGUUAUAACUCAGCCAACCGAAUCUUCAAUGACAGGCUUAAGUCUAUGGUCCAACAGCUCAACAACGAUCACCCUGAUGCUAAGUUCACUUACAUUAAUGCUUAUGGCGUUUUCCAAGACAUAAUCGCCAACCCAUCUGCUUAUGGGUUUAGGGUUACAAACGCUGCGUGUUGCGGAGUUGGAAGGAACGGAGGUCAACUAACAUGUUUACCAGGACAAGCGCCGUGUCCAAACCGUGAUGAGUUUGUGUUUUGGGAUGCGUUUCAUCCAACAGAUGCUGCGAACACGAUCAUUGCUCAGAGAUCUUUCAAUGCGCAAUCGUCUUCGGAUGUUUAUCCCAUUGAUAUCUCAACCUUGGCACAGCUUUGAAAAAAAAAGACAUAUAAUAGGAGAGUUCUCAACCAAAUGUAUGAUUUUCAAGUUCUAAAUUCAGUUUUUUUUUGGAAAAACUGAAGUUAUGUUCUCAACUGUUCUACUUUAUAAAACUUGCAUUCUUGGUUCACUUCCGCGAUGCUUUUCGUUUGUUUGUCUGUUGAUAAUAAUGUAUUCUCUUAUAGAAGUUAAAUGACUCUCAAGUCUUAAAUCCA